GCCCAAGGCCCAAAAGGCCCCUUCCAGGUUGCUUCCAGGUUCUUGAACCCUCAACUCGAUACCCUGGGCCACUCCCGGUGGCUCAGGCUCUGGUCCCUGACCCGUCGCCAGGAUGCCAAAUGCACCGGCGAUACAGAGUUGCAGUCCCGCCGCCUUCCUUGCCUCGCCAGGCUUACCUCACUCGUCACUUUUACAACUCUGGCCUCGCCCCUCAUCAACAAUCAACAGCCUUCCCCACAAGUCAACAAUACGCUUUUGGCCAAGUCUCGUGAUACCCAGCGGACGGCAACCCCUGGGAGACUCCUUGAGUCUCUGCUCACUUUCUCACAAUGUGAACUACCAAGACAGACUCUUGUCAUCGACUUUAACACGCAGCUCGGCUCGUCUCAGGACGUCAGCGCUUACCUACCGAGCGGAUCUUACUUGGUCUUGUUAUGCAUCGAUACUACUACGCACCUCCCUCAACAAGAGACGGUACGACUUUGCGGCGUGUCCUGA